AUGAUCUGCAGCCUUCUUAGCUCUCAUCAUCGCACCAUGCCGCGUCAGUCGAAGAAGGGUGCUCAGCAAGCGGUCAAGGCAGGCAAUGUGGAGCGCGAUCCUGCAGCAAAAGGCCAUCAGUCGGAGCCGGCGAUGCCGAAACCGAUGUUGAAGGAGGUGGAAGGCCCCUUUGCGGACGACGUGCGUAUCUCUCUGGUGAAGAAGUUAACGGCUCUGAAGUUUCCACCCACGGCUUCCUCUGCUGGAGGAGGGGAGGACAGUGCUGCAGAAGAGAAGGACGAAGCAACUGAGGUUACACCACCGGCUGUUGAUCCUGUGGCUCCUGUGGUCGGGGAGGAAGAAGAAGAGGAGGAAGAUGAUGGAUAUCUCAGUGACAACCCGGAAGAACGCUUCGAUCCUGUGAAGGCUGGGGAGAUUGCUGCGCGUGCGGGUUUCUCGAUCACGCUUCUGGUUCCAAUCAAGUACGAGGAGGAGGUCCCGCGCACCAUUGAUACGGUCAAGGGUCUGCUUGCGCUGUGGAGGAGGAGCAUCUCGGCACAUGUCCUGACGACGACGAGGUGCCAGGUCCUGUUGCCGGCGUGGCUGUCGAAAAAGCGGUACGGAAGACUGCAAGUUACCUUUCUGCAGGCGUCGGACGCUAACUACGUGUGGUGUCGCCGGAUUGAGCACAAGAUGUUGGAUGAGAAGAAGAUCUUUCUGGAUUGGCAGCAUCCCGAGAAUCCUACCUAUACUCACAAGCGUGCGACAAACCCGGAUUCAAUCGAAGUGCUGCUGAAAAGUGUCCCGGCUGCGAUUACGCCGGAGAUGGUGUAUGAGUAUUUGGUGAAGACGGUUUUGGAGAAGCGCGGUCGUACUCCUUUCCUCAGUGGGGCUGCCUUUCAUCGGGUGGUGGAUCCUGUGACGGGUACAGACACGGACAAGAUAAGGGGCCUGGUUAAGGGGCACCCGGGGGAUAACCGGGAGGACUGGCUCUGCGUGAAGGAGGCGUGCGGCAAGGCUUAUGGAUCCAGUUUCUCACAGGUGAUGGCGCAUGUGAAGUCGGUCCAGCACUGCACGGCUCUGCUGCAGGGGGACGCGGCAAGCAGGAAAAGCAAAGGGAUGAUGAACUUUAUCCCAGUUCGCAAGGAGUUCGGCCUGCAGCAUUAG